UUACACAUUCUAAUCUAUCACACAAGAACGUAAUUUCUCUGUGAACGGACUUCAACAUAACAAGUGUUCUCAAAAUGAUUAUCGAACGUUCGUUGUUGUGUUUUAUAUCAAUACUUUUUGUAGUGUUCAAUGUCGGAAAAGUUCGAAGCCUAUCAGAUGAUUCCGACCGUCUCCUGGAAAUAGUCCAUCGCCAAGAACAAACUCUGAAAACUUUAAUGGAAGGCGUACAGAAACUCGUCAACACUGUGGAGGACAUGUAAACUAAAAUCCAUGGACAGGAAGCAACAAUAGAUGACUUGGUGUUGAAAACAGCGUCCCAAAGCUCCGAAAUAGAAGCACUACGAAAAUUGGUUAGUGGCAUGCAAGGGGAAAAUAACACAAGAUCCUUAUCUGACGGUAACCCCACCGGAAAAUUUGUAAACAAAGUGGACUACGAUGUUAAGAAAAGAUCUAGAAUUUUAGGACAAAAUCUGUUGAUACCCACAAGCACUCCGGAAUACGAACAGGGAUACCAGUGUGCAUUUUACGCCUACAUGAAUCAAGACGAACACACAGUGGCACCUCAUCAUACCCUCAUCUUUGAUGUGGUGAAGACAAACAUUGCAAAUGCUUACAACAAGUACACCGGUGUGUUUACCGUUCCCUAUAAUGGACUAUACGUUAUAACAUGGAACAUCUACUCCGAUGCAUAUAGCUAUGCUUUUUCCAACCUGGUAGUAAACCAAGACAUCUGGAACAGCGCUAUUGCUAAUUCAGCAGACAACGGUGACCGCCAUGCUUCAACUGGCAUAGUCGUAGUUAUGUUGAAUAAAGGUGACGUGGUAUUCGUGAAAACACACGAGACAGAACCAGGUCGGGGGAAUAUAGAAAGUUCAUUGGAGGCCCGAUCAACAUUCUCUGGAUGGAAUAUAAACUGAUCUCGGAACAUCCAUUAUGCAGUAUAUGCAUAUCCUUAUUCGGAGAGUUUUGAUUUUCGAUUUAAAUAAAUAUAUGAUGAUCAAGUUAUUAAAACUAUCAUACCCUU